AGGCGGCGGGCGCGGCCGAGAUGGCGAAGAGCCGCGAAGAGAACGGGCCACGCGUGCCCGCGGCCGGGGGGAGCCUCUCGGGCCGGGAGGGCCUGGCCCCGGGUCCCGACGCCGCAGCGGCGGACGAGCUCAGCUCUCUGGGCUCCGACUCGGAGGCCAACGGCUUCGCCGAGCGCCGCAUCGACAAAUUCGGCUUUAUCGUGGGCUCGCAGGGCGCCGAGGGCUCGCUGGAGGAAGUCCCCUUGGAGGUGCUGAGACAGAGGGAGUCCAAGUGGCUGGACAUGCUCAACAACUGGGACAAAUGGAUGGCCAAGAAGCACAAAAAGAUCCGACUGCGGUGCCAGAAGGGCAUUCCACCUUCUCUUCGGGGCCGGGCUUGGCAGUAUCUAUCAGGAAGCAAGGUGAAGCUACUCCAGAACCUUGGAAAGUUUGAUGAACUGGACGUGUCCCCUGGGGACCCCAAGUGGCUGGACGUGAUUGAGCGCGACCUGCAUCGGCAAUUCCCUUUCCAUGAGAUGUUUGUGUCCCGGGGGGGCCAUGGCCAGCAGGACCUAUUCCGUGUACUGAAGGCCUACACGCUGUACCGACCUGAGGAGGGCUACUGCCAGGCCCAGGCACCCAUUGCCGCCGUCCUGCUCAUGCACAUGCCUGCUGAGCAAGCCUUCUGGUGCCUGGUGCAGAUCUGUGAGAAGUACCUGCCUGGCUACUACAGUGAGAAAUUGGAGGCAAUCCAGCUGGAUGGGGAGAUCCUCUUCUCACUGCUACAGAAGGUGUCGCCCGUGGCCCACAAGCACCUGAGCCGGCAGAAGAUCGACCCGUUGCUCUACAUGACAGAAUGGUUCAUGUGUGCCUUCGCCCGCACCCUGCCCUGGAGCUCUGUGCUGCGUGUCUGGGACAUGUUCUUCUGUGAAGGAGUCAAGAUCAUCUUCCGGGUGGGGCUGGUGCUGCUGAAACAUGCACUGGGCUCCCCUGAGAAGCUCAAAGCCUGCCAGGGCCAGUACGAGACCAUUGAGCGGCUGCGGAGCCUCAGCCCCAAGAUCAUGCAGGAGGCCUUCCUGGUCCAGGAGGUGGUUGAGUUGCCAGUGACAGAGCGACAGAUUGAGCGUGAACACCUCAUCCAGCUGCGUCGCUGGAAGGAGACCCGUGGUGAGCUGCAGUGCCACUCCCCACCCAGGCUGCAUGGUGCCAAGGCCAUCCUGGAGGCAGAACCAGGCCCCCGACCCACCCUGCAACCAUCAGCAUCCAUCCGCCUGCCCCCAGAAGCCUCCCUCCCUGGCUCCAAAGGCAACCCCAAGCUGCCCAAGCAGGUGCAGAAGGAGCAGCAGAAACAGAAGGCAGGUGGGCAGCUGGAAAAGCCCACAUCCCCAGCUCCCCAAGACCCAGCCCACCAUCGCUCCCAUGAGAGCCUGACGUCGCAGGAGAGUGAAGACACCUACUUGUAACCCUGGCAGUUCAGGACUCUGGGGUGGGGUCUCCACACACCUGCACCGUUCACGGACUGACACUCCAGGACCUUCCCACCCUCUGAGAGCCCAGCCUCCUGGCCGCUGGGUGGCAGAGACUCUGGCUGGCCCAGCACAGAUUCUGUCUGAGCCUCCUUAUUUAUUUUCUCUCCAUAGUGGAGCUCAGGCUGGUCCGAAUAAGGCAGGCAGAAGUGAAGGCCGAUGGGCUGGACCUCACUUAGUCGCCUCCUUCUGGGGAGUUGCUCCCCAGGGCCAGGGCACUAACAUGAGGAGAGAGGGUGGGGUGAAGGGUGGGGUGCUCUUUGUGUAAAAUAGAAACAUUGUUUUGUACAGAAAUAAACAGGCUUGUAUAGAGAACUGAUC